AUGUUGUCCAACAUUAGUUUUAGUCCUGCCCCCGAGCUGGUCGAUCUGUAUGGCUUGGUCCUGCAGUUUUUGGUGCCCGCGGAGACCACAAUGUUUUACUUUAACCCCACUGGAGAGAACUGCAGCUGGGAGAGACUACAGGGGACCAAUCUGUCCCAACAUCCGCAGUUUGUUUGGCAUCGCGAGGAAUCCUACCCAGGAUUGUACAAACAACACGGCAAUCAAAUCUUUGCAAUGGCCUGCCUAUCUAUGGACCUUUAUGAGUGGCAGUUGCAGCUUUUGGCCACCAGUUUGACCCGGUUUAGAUCGGUAAAAAUCCUCAUCGAGUUGCAGGCCAGGGAAAGUUCCUUUCUGGCCUCCCAAAUCCUGUCGCUUUGCCUGCAGCACAGCAUGCUUAAUGUGGUGCUGUACUUCCAGCGCUGGAGUCGCCCUCUAAACAUCUAUAAUUACCUGGCUUUUCCAUAUUUCACGUUGUUCAAGCACCGCUUGUCGGAAGCAUUAGGAUCCAAAAUUUUUACCAACCAGCUGGAGGAUCUCCGGGGAUAUCAGAUGCGCGUUCAACCCGACUUGUCGCCGCCCAACUCCUUUCACUAUCGCGAUAGUCGAGGUGAAUAUCGAAUAGGUGGGUUUUUGUGGAAGAUUAUACAACAUUUCUCCGAAAGUUUGGGGGCCGGCAUCCAGGUUCUGUAUCCCACUUGGCCAAAAGGCAAGACAGCUUCUUCGGAAUACAUGCUGGAGUAUACACGAAAUGGAAGCUCGGAUUUCGGACUGACCACCAACAUGAUCGUUUUUAAGCACGAGGAGAGGUACCGCGACUACAGCUACCCCAUGUUCUACUCCAGCUGGUGCACCAUGUUGCCCGUGGAGAAGCCUCUGGGUGUCCAUACCUUGUUCAAGCACGUCCUCUGUCCCGGACUAGUGAUUCUCCUGGGCUUGGCAUUCAUCCUGUGUUUCCUGCUGAUUCCGCCGCUGAUCAAAUACCUGGGUAUCACUUUGCGGGGAAGAUUAAUGCGAAUGGCUUGCAGGAUUUUUACUUUGGUUAUGAUGUGCGCCAGUUCUGCCCAACUACUCUCGCUACUAAUGUCUCCACCGCUCCACGAAAGAAUUGAGAGUUUCGAUGACCUUCUGGCCUCGGGUCUGAAGAUCUUUGGAAUGCGCAGCGAGUUCUAUUAUCUGGAUGGCGCUUUCCGGGCCAAAUAUGCGGCUGCUUUCCACCUGACCGAUGAUCCCAAUGAGCUGUAUGACAACAGGAACUACUUCAAUACCAGUUGGGCCUACACCAUCACCUCGGUGAAGUGGCAUGUGAUCGAGGCGCAGCAACGUCACUUCGCCCAUCCAGUUUUCAGGUUCUCGGAGACCUUGUGCUACAAUUGGGCCUCACCCUGCGGACUCUUGAUAGCCCCGGAGUCCAUCUACCGGGAGCCCCUGCAGCACUUCACCCUGCGGAUGGACCAGGCCGGGCUAAUUAGCCACUGGAUGACCCGCAGUUUCUAUGAUAUGGUGAGAGCUGGACGCAUGACCAUCAAGGACUACAGUCUUAUGCAUCUGGUGAGUCCGCUGCGCACCGAGGACCUGCGAAUGUGGUGGGACAUCUUCGUAACGGGUCUGGGCACUUCCUCCGUCGUUUUCGCCAUCGAACUGCUUCUGUUCUACACCAACGUAUUUCUCAAUAGCUUGUAG